GCUUCCUCGACCGCCUAGCACCUCCAUUACCAUGUCUUCCUUCGUCGUGCACAAGUUUGGCGGAACGUCCGUCGGCAACGCCGAGGCCAUGACGGCCGUCCAGGCUAUCGUCGCCGGCGUUCAGAGCGACAAGAUCGCGGUCGUCGUGUCCGCCAUGGGCGGCAAGCCCAAGGUCACCGACCUCCUCAUCUCGCUCGUCGAGCUCGCCAAGACGAAGCAGACGUCCACGAUCCAAGCGAUCGUGGACCAGAUUGAGGCCAAGCACGCCGCCGCCGUCGCCGAGCUACUACCGCCAGACGUCGGUGACGCGAUCCUUGUCCAGAUACGGCAGGACUUGGCGACGCUUCAGGAACUGUUGCACGCUAUCUCUAUCAUGCGCUCGUACAACGAAAACGUCACGGAGCUCGUGAGCGGCCACGGCGAGCUCUGGUCCGCGCGCAUCAUGACGGCUGUGCUCAACCACAACUUGGAGCUUGCGGGCAAGACGGAGCGGUUUGCAUUCAUUGACUCGCGGGAGGUACUCACGGUCGAGAUUGAUCCGAAUCACGGGCCCGUCGUCUUGUACGAGCUCACGGCCGCGAAGCUCCGGGCCAAGAUGGACGCUCUCCACAACGCGACGCACCUCUGCAUUACGGGCUUUAUCUGCUCGACGACCGAUGGCGUUGUCACGACGCUCAAGCGGGACGGCAGCGACUUCUCAGCGUCCAUUUUUGGCCGCGUGCUCAAGGCCGCGUCCAUCACCAUCUGGACCGACGUCAGCGGCGUGUACAGCGCCGACCCGCGCCGCGUACCGGAAGCCAAGAUCCUCCCGCAGAUCUCGUACCAGGAGGCGAUGGAGCUGGCCUACUUUGGUGCCAAGGUCAUCCACCCCAAGACGAUGGCGCCCGCGGUCGCGGAGAGCAUCCCGAUCUUUAUUCGGAAUACGUUUGACCCGACGCACCCGGGCACGCGCAUCUUUCAUCGUCGGCCGACGUCGCCGACGACGACCGCCAAGCACAUUGUGAGCGGCUUCUCGACGAUCGACGACCUCGCCAUGUUCAACCUCGAAGGCACGGGCAUGGUCGGUGUCCACGGUGUCGCGUCCCGCCUCUUCUCGGCCCUCGACCGCAUCAAGGUCAACGUUGUACUCAUCGCGCAAGCCAGUUCCGAGCACUCGAUCUGUUUUGCGAUCCCCGCGGCCGACGCCGUCGACGCCAAGGACGCGAUCGAAGCCGCGUUCUUCAAGGAGCUCCACCACGGUCUCAUUGACGCCGUGACGUUCGAGUCGCCGGUGAGCAUUAUCGCGGCCGUCGGCGACAACAUGUCGCAGACCCCGGGCGUCUGCGGUCGCUUUUUUGGCGCACUGGGCCGCGCCGACAUCAACAUCCUCGGCAUCUCCCAGGGUUCGUCCGAGCGCAACAUCUCGGCGGUCGUGCGGUACGAAGACUCUGGCGCCGCGCUUCGGGCGGUGCACUCGGCGUUUUUUCUUGCAGACCAAACCAUCUCGAUCGGCAUCCUCGGCGCGCACUCCAAGGUCGGCGCGGCGCUCCAGACGCAGAUCCUCUCGCAAGCAGCCAUGCUCGCGCGCAAGUACAAGGUCGACUUGCGCAUUCGCGCGGUGGCCGACCGCGACCACAUGCAGCUGCACCCGACGGGCUUUAACGCGGCGUCGCUCGCGUCGGCAGCGUCCGAGCCGCUGGACAUGGCCCGCUUUAUCCAGCACGUGCACACGGACCAUAUCCCGUACGCUCUCGUUUUGGAUGUGUCGGGCGAUGACGCGACGAUCAAGCAGUACCCGAGCUGGCUGGCCGCCGACUGCUUCAUUGUAAGCAACAACCUCCACGUUGCCAACGAUGCGUCGCUCUCACUGCGCAAGACGACGGCGUCCCAGAACCAAGUUGUGCUGGACACGGAGGCGUGUCUCGGCAUGGGUGUGCCCGUCCUCUCGACGCUGCAGAACCUCCUCCAGACCGGCGACAGCAUCACCAAGAUCGAGGCCUCGUGGAGCUCGGUCAUGAACGCGCUUCUCCUCGAGCUCGACCAAGCGCCGGCGACGCCGAUCGAGACGGCGCUCCGCAGCGUGCUCUCGGCGCAGUUUUCGUCCAUGCCGCCCGCCGAUGUGCUUGACGACCUGACGGGCGUCGCGUCCGCCAAGAAGAUGGUGCUCCUCGCGCGCGAGCUCGGCCUCAACCUGAACGCCGCCGACGCCAUUAACGGGUCGCCGGUGUCGCCGUGCCCGACGGCGGUGACGACGAUCGACCAAGUGAUUGCACACGUCGCGCAGUGUGCGCCGGCGUUUGCGCAGCUGCCCAAGGCCGCCCGCACGACGACGACGCUUGCAAACGGCCGCAUUGAGAUUGCACUGCAGUCGACGUCGGCCCCGUUUGCCCAUUUGGUCGGCGCCCAGGUCGGCCUCGCGCUGCACACGGACCGGCACGCGGCGUUCCCGCUCUUUCUCUCGGGCUCGUCGUUUGCGUCGGAUGCGACGCAGGGACUCGCGGCCAGCGCGCUCUUUGCGAGCGUCCUUAACAUUGCCCGCACAUUGGGCUAAGUACAACCUCGACGAUGGAGUCGCGUCGAUUUCGUAAUAGAAAACUAACUUAUUGCUACCGCUG